AGCUCGACUCGCCGCCGCUUUGACAGCUGGCUCGAGCAGGAGUUGUUCGGUUGAUGGACCGCAUUUUCCUGCGGAGGAUAUUUCACUGAAGCGGGAGUCAGCACCGGACUGAAGCCGCCCCGCAUCGCUCACGGUCCAGCCAUGGAUGAGCAGGCGGGCCCCGGUGUCUUCUUUAACACCAGCGGCAGCUCGGGCUUACCCGGCGCGGGGAACGUUAAAGCUCCGCAGCCCGGGGACGGCGGCGGAGAGGCGGCCCGGGCUCAGUACAGCAUCCCGGGGAUUUUACACUUUCUCCAGCAUGAGUGGGCCCGCUUCGAGGUGGAGAGGGCCCAGUGGGAGGUGGAGCGGGCCGAGCUGCAGGCUCAGAUCGCCUUCCUGCAGGGCGAGAGGCGGGGCCAGGAGAACCUGAAGAAGGACCUGGUGAGACGAAUCAAGAUGCUGGAGUACGCUCUGAAGCAGGAGAGAGCCAAAUACCACAAACUGAAAUAUGGCACCGAGCUGAACCAGGGAGAAAUCAGACCUCCGAGUUACGACUCAGACGACGACAACGAGGCUCCGAGUCCUCCGAACAGCAGCCAUCAGCUCAGCUGGAAACAAGGACGCCAGCUGCUCCGGCAGUACCUACAGGAGGUCGGAUACACGGACACCAUCCUGGAUGUGAAGUCUCAGAGGGUGAGGGCGCUGCUCGGUCUUGCCGGAGACACGGGAGACAAACCGUCAGACAAGAAAACUGAGCCGAUGGUCAACGGCACCGAGCCGUCCUCACUGAAGGACAGCGGCAUGGUCAGUAAGCCCGACGUGUCCGACUCGGCCACCGUGCUGGAGGCCUUCAAGUUCAUCGAGAGCGCCGCAGCAGAGUUCAGCGACGAGGACGAGGACGAGGACAGCGAGGGGAGGGACAAAACCAUCCUGGACCUGGCUGCAAUGGUGAGAAAGAAACACUCGUCAACGCCGUCUUCCACGACCUCUGACCUCAGCGAUGACCUGGACACGGAGGAGGCGCUGAAGGGUUUUGAUUUCUUGGCGAGUCCAGACGAGCUGGACGGAUCGCCCGAGUCAAGGAGCGGGGAUGACAGCGGCGAGUGGGAGAAGGAAGAGCAGUCUCCUCUGGGUGAAAUGGCCUGGGAUGUGGACCAGGGGCUGAUAGCCCAGCUCAAGGAGCAGUACAGGAAGGAACGCAAGGGCAAGAAGGGGGUGAAGAGACCAAACCGGUCUAAGCUGCAGGACAUGCUGGCUAACCUGCGGGACGCCGAGGACCUGCCCUCCAUGCAGCCGGCCGUGACGCCCCCCUCUCGGUCGAGCGUGCCCAGGCUGAACGAGCACGAAGUCGGACGCCCCGAUGAUGAGGCGAUGACGUUCCUGCCGUCGUCGGGGAAGUCGUUCAUUCUGGGCAGAGUGGACGAGGCGGUUUCUAACGAGCUCGGAUUGGGAGAGCUGGCCGGACUGACCGUCGCUAACGAGGCCGAGGGCCUGAUGUACGACAUCGCCAACAACAAAGAUGCACUGAGGAAGACGUGGAACCCGAAGUUUACCCUGCGGAGCCACUUUGACUCGGUGCGCAGUCUGGCCUUCCACCCGGUGGAGCCGGUUCUGGUCACCGCCUCCGAGGAUCACACCCUCAAACUGUGGAACCUCCAGAAGACGGCGCCCGCCAAGAAGUGCGCGGCGUUGGAUGUGGAGCCCAUCUACACAUUCCGAGCCCACAGCGGAGCCGUGUUGUGCGUCACCAUGAGCUCGAGCGGCGAGCAGUGCUUCAGCGGGGGCGUAGACGGCACCAUUCAGAGCUGGAACACCCCCAACCCCAACAUCGACCCCUACGACUCGUAUGAGCCGUCCGUCCUGCGGGGGGCGCUGUGCGGUCACACGGACGCGGUGUGGGGUGUGGUCUACAGCUCGGCUCACCGCCGCCUCCUCUCCUGCUCGGCCGACGGGACGGUGCGGCUGUGGAGCGCCGCCGACACCUCGCCGUCUCUCGCUGUUUUCAACGAGCGAGGAGAGCUCGGAGUCCCGACCUCGGUCGACCUGGUGAGCAGCGAGCCGGCUCACAUGGUGACGUCCUUCGACACCGGACACAUCGGACUCUUCAACAUGGAGACGCAGCAGCUCGUCCUGAAGCUGGAGUCGGCCGGUCCUCCAGAAGCUCCCUGCAAGAUCAACAAAGUGCUGAGCCAUCCCACGCUGCCGAUCACUAUCACCGCUCAGGAGGACCGCCACAUCCAGUUCUUCGAUAACAACACAGGUAAGCUCAUCCACGCCAUGGUCGCCCACCUGGACGCUGUCACCAGUCUCGCUGUGGAUCCAAACGGCCUUUACCUCAUGUCAGGAAGUCACGACUGCUCGAUCCGUCUGUGGAACAUGGAGAGUAAAACCUGCAUCCAGGAGUUCACAGCACAUCGUAAGAAGUUCGAGGAGUCCAUCCACGACGUGGCGUUCCAUCCCACCAAGUGCUACAUCGGCAGCGCCGGGGCCGACGCGCUCGCCAAAGUCUUCGUAUGACCUGAAUGUGGUCAGCUGACCGCCCCAACGUUCUCGGUGGGGUUCUUAUUUUUGGACAGAUGGAGGUCGCUUCCUCUGCAGAAGGUGACCCCACUCAAUCCCCCCCACGCCCCCCCCUUUAAGAUUCUUCUCAUGUUAAGCCCCGCCCCCUGCUGGACUCGGGCUGGCCUGGAUCCACAAAACAAACUGACCUCUGAGUGAGGGGAAGAAGUUAUCACGCGGUAGGCCGCGGCGUGCGUUCUCCCUCGAACAGCUCCGGGCUCGCCGCAGACGUCUCAUCGUAAUGUGCCUUCUUUCUGUCGGACGCUCAGAAGAAACCCGAGACGCCGGAGACGAGUCGGGACGGGGAGGUGAUGGCGGCCAAGUUUAACCUUCACACGACCUCCGUUUGUUAGUCUGUCCGUCCUGAGCUGAGCGGCGGCGAGGACAGUCCUGGAUCUGUCCCCGCCUUUAAUGUGCUCCACCUGAGCCAC